UAUUUUCAUACACCAGACUUCCAUCGUAGGAAGAAGAUGGCAGCCGUCGUGUAAUUAUUUUUCGCGUUUAAACAUCAGUUAUCAUAAUAACUCGUAUUGUAUUAUUAUUAUUGUUAUUAUUUAUUUGUUUUUUACGGUGAUAACGAAAAAGUAUAAAAAUUAAUAAUAACUAAUUUAUCAAUAAUUAAAAUAGCAUUUCGUAAUUAAUGUAAAAUAUUUAAUAAUGAGGAUGGGUUUAUAAGAAUUUUUUUAAAAUUUAUUCUGGAAAAAGUAAUUUUUACUAAUUUAAAUUGUGCAAAAAAAUUUUUUUUAGAAUAUUGAUUGCUGACUUUUUGAUUAUUGAAAAUUAAAAAAAAAAAAUGAUAAUUGUUUUUGUGUAAUUUUAUUAUCAACGGGUGAAAAUUAUUAUUAUUAUUAUUAUUAUUGUUAUUAUUUUAAUUUAAAUAAUGAUAAUAAGUAUUGUGCCGGUGAAAUACGCGUUAAAAUGAUAAAAAUAAUAAAUAAAAUUUUUUAUUUAUUAAUUAAAUUAAAUAAUAGUGUUUAAAAAAUUGAAAAAAAACUACAUGAUCAAAUAACUGUAAUAGAAAUAAAUUAAUUAAAAAUUUAAUUGAAAAACAAGAAUGCAAGAGAAGAAAAAAAAUUUUAAUUUUUUUUAUAAAAAAAAAUAUUGAUUAUUAAAACAGACCAAUUGAAAGAAAAAUAAUAAUAAUUAAAAAAUUAUUAUUAUAAAUAAUAAAAGUAUAUAAUAAAAUAAAAUUGUUAUAAAAUUUUUAAUACUAUUGAUAAUUAAAAAUAAUUAGAAGAAAAAAAAUUUACAUAAAUAAAUAAUGAAUAAUUAUUUAUUGUAUAAAAAAAAUUAAUAUUAGAUUAUUCAAAAAAGUAAAUUUGCCUUUUUUUUUCAUUAAUAUUUGUCCAAAUUGGGCAAAUUAAAAAAGUUGAUAAAUUGAGUGAUAAAUUAAUCGUUAUGUAAUAUGGAAUUGAAAAAUGUUGUUAAGACAUAAACAUGUUUUGGGUACACUGUGGACUCUUUGUUCUCGUGAUUGCCGUACCUGGAUUUAUUAGCACCGCCGACACAUCGUCCAAGCGAGAAGCUGACUAUACCUUGGACGAAUCUUUUUGGAAUGAAGAAACUCCAGCUGGUGAGGUUGAACGACUGCUCCGUGAAUAUCGUCAAAAUCAAGAGCUAGUACGAGACAUUGGUGCCACAAAUUACCAGAUUAUUUAUCCGGUACAAUUGCGGCAUCACGAAAAAAUGGGAAUAUCAACUAGAGAAGCGGGCUUUCCAAAGUACCCUCAAAGAAGUGGUUAUGGGGACGGAUAUCAGAAUACGAGAGGAAGGUCAAGAGCAGGAAAACAUUUUCAUCGUACGUCCCUCUUGAUCAAGGCCUUCAACCACAAAUUUCGAUUAGACUUAGAAUUAAAUACACAACUUUUAGCGCCGAAUCUCAUGCAAAGAGAUUUUCUCAGCAAUGGUGCUGAGCAAGUUUCAAAACAGGAAAUUGAACACUGUUAUUAUCAUGGUAGUGUGAGAGAUUAUCCAGGGGCAAGUGCUGCAUUUCACACAUGCAAUGGUGUCAGUGGUGUUAUUCAUUUGGGAAAUGAGACCUUUGUCAUUCAGCCAUUCUACGGUGGUGACUUGUCGAGACAUCCUCAUGUUAUAUUUGAAGCAAGAACAAAAGCUAACAAAGGAUGUGGAAAUGCUGGAAAUCUUGAACGUCGUCUUGUUAAGAAUCGAAGACAAAAACAUGUGCUUGGUCUACUAGAUAAAAUUGAGGACCGAUAUAAACGUGAUGUACGAGAAGCAACAAAAUACAUUGAAACUGCAAUGAUUAUUGAUAAAGCAAUGUUUGAUAAAAGAAAUGGGAGUACAAGAGCUGAGGUCGUCCACGAUGCCAUUCAAGUUGCAAAUAUUGCUGAUUUAUACUUUCGAACACUAAAUACACGAGUGUCUGUCGUUUAUAUUGAAACAUGGCUUGGUGGUAAUCGUGCAACAAUUGAAUCUGGAAUGGAAAUUGGACGGGCAUUACAAAAUUUUAAUGAUUAUGCAUUGAGAAAAAUGUAUCAAGUUCAUCCAGACACAAUUCAACUUCUUACAGGUGAAUCGUUUCAAGGAGGAGAGUCUGGAGUUGCUGUACCAGAAACAGUGUGCACUCCAAGAUCAAUUGGAAUAAGUGUAGAUUUAAAUACAUACGAGCCACAUUUACUUGCUGGUACAAUGGCACACAUGAUUGGUCAUAAUAUUGGAAUGAGUCAUGACGACGGAAGAGACAAUUGUUUUUGUCGUGAUUGGCAUGGUUGUAUAAUGGCACAAUCAAUUGUUGGUGCUGAAAAUGUGCAACCAUAUAAAUUUUCUGAAUGUAGUAAAUCGGAUUAUGAAAAUACUUUAAAAGCUGGUGCUGCAAUAUGUUUAUUUAACAAACCAAAUGAGCUGGAGAACAGAUCAUGUGGUAACAGGGUAAUUGAUGAUGGUGAACAAUGUGACUGUGGUACCAUCGAAGAAUGUCCAGAGCUUGAUCCUUGCUGUGAUCCAAUAACUUGCAAGUUAACAUCUGAAGCUGAAUGUGCAUCUGGACCAUGUUGCAGCAGUUGCAAGUUAUUACCACGGGGUACAGUAUGUCGUGAUUCAUUAAAUGAAUGUGAUUUACCAGAAGUAUGUACUGGUGAUAAUGGACAAUGUCCAAUUGAUGUUUACAAAAAAAAUGGAAAACCAUGUGCAAACAAUCAAAGCUAUUGCUUUGGUGGUUUUUGUCCAGAUUUAAAUACACAAUGUUCACAAGUAUGGGGUUAUGAUGGUGGUGCCGCUGAUAUGCAAUGUUUUGAACAAUUUAAUUCAAAAGGUUCAAUUAAUGGUCAUUGUGGUACUGAUACAACUGGUCAUUAUGUUAAAUGUGAAGCUGAGAACGUACGUUGUGGAUCAUUACAAUGUCAAAAAGGAAGUAAGCAACCAGCUGGUAAAGAUCAAUCAUGGACAAGAACAAUAAUAUCAAUAAAAGGAACAGAAUACGAGUGCAAAGCAACAAGUGGUAAAGUUGAAGGUUCAGAAAUGCCUGGAAUGGGUUUAGUACGUGAUGGCACAUCUUGUGGUGAUAACUUGAUAUGUGUUAACCAAACCUGCACAAGUGUAUUUCCUCAUAUGGACCAAGGAAAAUGUCCAAGUAAUCACAACAAUUUGGAAUGUUCGGGUAAUGGGGUGUGCACAAAUGUUAACAAAUGUUACUGCAGUACCAGUUGGAGUGGUCCAGAUUGUUCAAUUGAAACAUAUAUACCAACAACAAAACCAGUACCAUCAACUGCUGAGACACCUGGUAAAGCUGCAGAAUCAGCAAAUAAACAUCAGAAAAAAGAAACCCCCUACGAGAACUACCACGGAUCUAAUACAGGUUUUUUAGUUGGUAUGCUCAUGUCGGUGGUAGGGGGUGUUUUCGUAGUAUUUGCUCUGAUGGCUCUCUGCUACAGGUCAGUCGUAGUACAUAAAAACUUCUCCCUCUGUCUCAGACGGAAAAGUACUGUACAAAAAUAUGAUCCACCAUAUGUUAAAAAACCAGUAUCAAAAACGUAUUGUCCACCUUCGUCAAAUCAUCAUCGUGAAAUUGAUGCACUUGAUAAUGUCGAUAAAAUUUUAACAUUUGGAAGUAUGCCAACAUACAAUUCUGAUGCUCAGCGGGUGUUAUUUCAGUCACAGAAUAAUGUUGGAGCAGAAGGAAUACGUCACAAGGAUAAACAGCCGAUGAACAGACAUGGAGGUGUUGACAGUGAAGAUGGAGGUACGAGAUCCGAGGAGGGUGUUCAUUUCAUUGGUCUUCAACAUAACAAUCUGUCAAAACUGCCUGAGAAAGGAAUUUUAAAGAAACACGGUGGUUACGGUUUAGAAGUGGAAAUGCAGCGUACAAUGGAAAACUUGAAUGGUUAUCAUGGUGAUUUAAUGCAAGCGUUGAGAAAUGCACGUGGUUUAACAAGUGUGCCAUCUGGUUCUGGUACGCUAAUAGAUGAUGAAGUAUUACGAAAAUCAUUAGCUGAUUGUGGUUAUCCAGAUGCAUAUAGAAAAACAUCAAUUGAUAAUGGACAAGACAAUAUUGAUAAUCAAGAUGAUGAUGAUGAUGAUGAUGAUAUUGUAUUACCAACAUGUGGUCCUAUACGUAUACGUACAUUAGAUGAUAUAAUGCGUCAAUUGGAGGCACAUUCAGCAAGACAUACUAGUCCAAGUGGAUCUGAAGUUAUGAGAAUAUCUGAAAAUGAAGGGGAUCGUCAUUACAGAAUGGAUUCAUCAGUUUGCAGUGAAUCAUCACAAGGAAGCAGAAGGUGCAGUCGCGGUCGCGACGAUGAUGCAAGAUUUGUCUAUGGUCGAUAUCGUCAGCCAUCAUCGCGAAGUCCAUACGGUUCACAUCAACAUUCACAUCAGCAUUCUCAUCAAAUGCACGAAGAAGAGGGAAUAUAUGAAACUGCCGAUCCUGAGAGAGGCUCAAACACUAGGGGUGAAACACCCGAUAGCGAAAGUGAUGAAUUUAUUCAAGCUCAACAACAAUCAGCCCUGUGGAUGAGUGAGAAUGGAACCGAGCAACGACCACCUCAACAGCUGCCACCACAACAUCAUCAUGAUAAAAAACAUUAACAAAAACAAGAACAACCGCCACCACCACCACUACCAACAACAUUGUUGUCCUUUCCAAGGUCAUCGUCAUCAUCAUCAUCAUGAUCAUCAUGAUCAUCAUCAUUAUUUUUAUCAACAUCGAAUAAACAAGGCACUGCAAAAUUUCGAAAAAUUGAUAAUAAAAAAAACCUUAUCGAAACAACAUAAUGACAAUGCAGAACUGCCAUCACAACAACUGCCAAUUAUUAUCGAAAUGAAUAAAAUAUAUUGUGGCUAUCAUCAAUCCUCACUCUCUCACUGGAAAUGCUUAUGAUGAUAAUACUGAUAAAAAAAGUUUUUUAUUUUUCUUUUUUUAAUUGAUGAUAUCGUCAAUGCUCAAUCCCAACAACAAUUAAAAUUAAUAAUAUCCCUUGAAUUACAUGGAUCAAUGUAAAUCACAUGGCUAAUAAAUAAAAUUAAAAAAUUCCCACUAGACGAUAAUAUUAGUCUAGAUUGUAAUAUAAAAAAUAAUAAUAAAUAAUCAU